AUGUCUUCACGUUAUAUUUACAUUUCGUUGCUCGUAUUAUGUGCGCCACUUAUCAUUCUUGUGGUAGCAUCUUUCACCUCACUGGCGAUCUUUACUUCCACACUGGCGGUGGUAGUUAUUUCAAUCCGUCUAGCAUUCCUUAUGGUUGAAUUCUCCUGUGGCGUCGCUUUAGACUUUGCUGGAUGGGGUGCAAAGAAAUUCAUGAGCAAAGAUCUGACGAAUGCCAAUAAUUCAUCGUCAAGUAUUAAAAUAAAAGAAUCACAUAUUUCCUCUGCUAACAAACAGUCUGGAAAGAAACUCAAGAGUAACAACUCUAGCUUGUACAGUAAUCACAGUAAUCAUACAUAUUAUAAGAACAGUAGCAUAAAACCACUUUCAAAACAUUCUCCAAAAGUACCAGUAUGGGAUGUUGAUACUUUCGAUGGCCUUGGAGAUAACGGUUUUGUUAGCAAUGAUGAUUAUUUCACGAUGUCACCGAUUUCUAACAAGAGACCAGACGGCAGGAGGGUUAGAAGUGGAUAUUUGUGA